AUGGGAAAACAAGAAAGUAUAAAUUUGUGGAAUUGCCAAUCUUCAGACCCAAAAGACUAAUCAAUUUAGCUUCUGUUUAAAUCUACAAACACAUCAAUUUUCAUAUUCCUGAAGAAGAAACUGGGGUAAAGAAACACUACCAAUAACCAAAAAUUUACAGAAGAUGAACCUCUUCUUCUGCUCCUGCUUCUUCUUCAUGAUCAUCUUUAGCACAUCAUCUGCUUAUGAUCCAUUGGAUCCUAAUGGGAACAUCACAUUAAAAUGGGACAUCAUGUCCUGGACAGCAGAUGGUUAUGUGGCAACUGUAACUAUGAACAACUUCCAAAUCUACCGACACAUACAAAACCCUGGCUGGACACUAGGCUGGGCAUGGGCAAAGAAAGAAGUGAUUUGGUCAAUGGUUGGUGCACAGACAACAGAACAAGGAGACUGCUCCAAGUUCAAAGGAAAUGUACCUCAUUGCUGUAAGAAAAUCCCUACAGUCGUUGAUCUCUUGCCAGGUGUUCCUUACAAUCAACAGUUCUCAAACUGUUGCAAAGGCGGUGUGGUUGGAGCUUGGGGUCAAGAUCCAUCAUCUGCUGUAUCGCAGUUUCAAGUUAGUGUUGGUUUGGCUGGAACUACGAACAAGACUGUUAAGCUUCCUAAGAACUUCACGUUGCUUGGUCCUGGGCCUGGUUACUCUUGCGGUCCUGCCAAAAUAGUGCCGUCUACCGUUUUUCUCACUACUGACAAAAGGCGGAAGACACAAGCUUUGAUGACAUGGAAUGUAACCUGCACAUACUCACAGUUUCUAGCCAGAAAGCAUCCAAGCUGUUGCGUCUCCUUCUCUUCUUUCUACAACGACACCAUAACUCCUUGCCCUUCUUGUGCCUGUGGUUGCGAGAACAAAAAGAGCUGCGUCAAGGCUGAUUCUAAGAUUCUAACCAAGAAAGGUCUCAACACACCGAGAAAAGACAACGCUCCUUUGCUACAAUGCACACACCACAUGUGCCCCGUUAGAGUUCACUGGCACGUUAAAACUAACUACAAAGACUAUUGGCGUGUGAAGAUAGCCAUCACAAAUUUCAAUUACCGGAUGAACCAUACACUAUGGACUUUAGCAGUUCAGCACCCAAAUCUCAACAACGUGACUCAAGUUUUCAGCUUCGAUUACAAAUCAGUUGCUCCUUAUGGAUCCAUAAAUGAUACAGGAAUGUUCUUUGGAACUAAGUUUUACAAUGAUCUUUUGAUGGAAGCUGGACCUUCGGGGAAUGUUCAGUCAGAGGUGUUGCUGCAGAAAGAUGAAAAGACAUUUACUUUCAAGCAAGGAUGGGCUUUUCCGAGGAAAGUUUACUUUAACGGCGAUGAGUGUAUGUUGCCUCCACCAGAUGCGUACCCUUUUCUUCCUAACUCUGCACGAGGGAACUUGGCUUCUCUCUGGACAGUAUCACUCACGGUGGUUCUUGUUGUGUUCAUCUCAAGCUUGUGAUUUGAUCUGUACUUCUCAGAAACUGUAUUUUUGGUUGGUAUAUUGGGUUUUCAGACAAAGAUUUUUUUCAACAUUCAGACAAAGAUCAAAAACAGAGUUUUGUAAGUAAAAAAAAAAAUGAUUAAAGAUGACGCCAUCUAUUUUAA